CUCUCCCCACUUGUCUUGUCCCCUUCUCAAACGGAGGAGUCGCACAGGCCCCUCUCCUGCGACCGGCUCCCUCGACCUCCGCCCUCCCUCAUCGCGCUCUGCCGCCGGCUGCCCCCUGCCUCGCUCUCCCCGCCACCGGCCGCCCUUGCCGGUCACACAUUCCGCGCCGCCAGCCGCCUUCACGCCAGCCUCGCCCUCCCGCUGCCGUCCGCCUCCGCCCCGGCCGCGAGAUCCUCUCCGCCGGCUUCUUCCGCGGCGGCGUCGCCCUCCCGCCACCGGCCGCACGCUCCAGAGGGUUGGCUUCCUUCCUCCUCUCCUCGGACCUCGCCUCGCCGCUACACAACAAGCGAGCCCCCGGUCUCCUUCCGCCGAAUUUUCUCUUUCGCUUGGAGUGGUCCCUUCGUCAUCCUUCUCCUCCGUUCCACUGGCACUGGACUGGGGCGGAGCGGAGAUCCAUUCAUCUGGACUUGGACUGGUUCCCUUCUCCUUCUCGUUAGGCGGUUCAGUCUUGGGCUUGGGUGCCCCAUGUCGCAAGUCGAGCCCGCCGCCGCCGGCGCAGACCGGGCCGGCGAGGGGGCAGUCAUGCCGCACGACGAAGGUGUUGGCGGCGGCGGUGGCGGCGAUGUGGCCACCACGGAAGCGCAAGUGGCUGUGGUCGUUUCCACCUCCGGCGACGAGAGGCGGGUGGAGUACGGCGACGAUGCAGAUAACGAGGGGGAGGAGGCUGCGACGGUGCAGGGAAGCAAGGAAGGCACGGAGGAGCUGCUCCGGAAGGUGUUGUACAGUGAAGAGGCCGCCUACAAGCUCUAUUGCGACUAUGGCCACCGGAUGGGGUUCAGCAUCCGGAAAGGGAAGCAGACCUACUUCACCGGCACCAAGCGGAUACGGACUAAGGACUACUUCUGCUCCAAGGAGGGGCUCAAGGAAGGAGAGAAGCUCACCGAUGCAAAUUUCAAUGACCCGCAUACCAGGACCAACUGCAGGGCCAUGGUGCGGUUCAGGGUGAAUGAUCAUGGGGAGUGGAAGGUUAUCCGGUUGGUCUCUGAUCAUAACCACAACCUGGCAAGGCCAGAGGAACGGCACCUUUUGCGGUCUGCAAGGUCGCUUAUAGCAGGGCGGUCGAGUUCUGUUGAUGCGAUGGUAUACGCCGGGUAUCAGGUACAUGAUGGUGCUCCACAAUUGCCUGCAGGUAGUACUAGUGCAGCCAACAAUGUGGAGAAUUCAAAGCAGCAUUUGCUUCUUGGCUACGGUACUAUGGCAAAGAUGCUGGCCGUAGGGACUGGAGACCUGCAGAGCCUUGUGAGCUACCUGAAAGGCAGAGCAAAUGAAGAUGGCAUGUUCUACUGGGAUGUUCAAUUGGACCAAAGUGGUCGGAUGACUAAUUUCUUUUGGCGUGAUGGGAGAAGCAGGAUCGACUAUGACUGUUUCAGUGACGUGGUUGUGUUCGAUUCAACUUACCGCUUGAGCAAACAGAACUUGAUAUGCGCUCCUUUUGUUGGUGUGAACCACCAUUGGCAGACCACUAUGUAUGGCUGUGCCCUCUUAGCUGACGAGUCAAUGUCAGCUUUUGUGUGGCUGUUCAAAUCUUUCUUGGAGUCCAUGGGUAACCGGCAUCCUCAAUCCAUUUUCACCAAUCUUGAUCAAGUUGUGUCAAAAGCAAUUGAGGAUGUUUUUCCAGAUACAUGCCAUCGCAUUGCUCAUUGGCACAUCCAAAAGAAUGCCCAUUCUCGUCUUGGUGCACAUAAUGUUUCAAAAGUGUUCAAUAAGAUGUUCACCAAAUGCAUACAGGGAUGUGACUCAGAAACAGAGUUUGAGGAAACAUGGGCCCAAAUGAUCCAUGAAUUUAAGCUGCAGGAUAAUAAGUGGCUUAAGAAAUUGUAUAAGCUCAAGAAGAAGUGGUGUAGUGCUCUUAACAAGUGCACCUUUGAUGGUGGGGUCGAAUAUGAACCACAAUGUGAUAGUAUGAAUAACAUAUUCAAUAGUGUUGCUGAUAAAUCGACAUCUCUUUCUGCAAUUGCUGUUGCUGUGGAUAAAUUAUCUGAAGAUUGGAGGGAAAAAGAAUUGGAGGAGGAUACACGAUGUUUGCAAAAGCCACCUGCUUGUAUCAUAAAACACAGUGACAUUUUGAAUCACGCUGCAAAAGUUUAUACACAUAGAAUCUACAAGCUGUUUGAGACAGAUUUUCUCGACGGGUGUGGUGCCACAAAAUUCAAGGAGCUUCCAUGUGAAGAUAAUAACACACAUCAAUUUGAGAUGACCAUGCAAGGGCGAGGAUCAAGAGUCUGCACAGUACGUCUCAAUAUGUCUACAAUGGAAAUAAGUUGCAGCUGCAGUAAAUUUGAGACAAUGGGUUUACUUUGCUCGCAUGCUCUGAAAGCUCUUACUAUCAAGAAUAUAUGCAAAAUUCCAGAAAGCUAUAUACUGAAGCGGUGGACCAAGGAUGUGAAGAAGUGGGUUUUUAACCCAAAACAAUGCGAGUCAUCAUAUCAGGAAUGCAUGAAUGAUGAUGCUGCAUACUGCAACUAUGUUAUGCGUUAUGCUUAUGACCUUGUGACAAAGAGCCAAGGGCAGGAGGAAUUGAGGAAAGCCUUGUGGGAGACUCUUGAGAAUGGUGAGAAAGAAUUGGAGAAAUACCUAGGAAAUGGUACACAAUAUGCACCUUCUUAUGCUGCUUGAAGUAUCACUAAUUAACCUUCUGGAUUUAUCUGCUAAGGAUGAGCAAGCUACUUCCUAGUUCUUUGGAACUUGGAAAUUCAUGCAGAACUUCUGACUCAAACUGUACUCUUAAGAAAUGAAAAUAAAAGUUUUUCAAACAAAAUACAGGAUCGAGUAAGUUUCAUGCUUUCAACUUUGCUAGAUAAUUCUUAUUGUGAUUUUGUGCACUUUAACUGAUAUUCCAAUCUUUGGUACCACAUGACAGUGCCCAUGAAGCAAUAAUAUAUGUGAAACUGUUACAGUAUGAUGAAAACACCCUAGUACAUAUAGGUAUUUACUCUGGUGCUGAUGUGUCUUUGUUAAUAGAUUAGUUUAGAUACUAAAAGGAUUUGCCAUUUUGUGACAAGGAAAAAUAUGAGUUGAGUUUAGGUUGUUGUAGUUUUGAUAUAUCUCAAAUCUACAUUUCCAUAAGCCACAUUUUGGCUCUUACUCUCUCAGAAGUAGGAAACGACUGUCCUUUUCUUUUGGCAAAGUUGCCUGGUGAUUGGUGAAUUUGGUCAUUUAUUAGUUUUGUUAUAUAUGGUCCUUAAUGCACCUGCCUUUUAACUUGUAUGAAAAAUGUUAUUACCUCCGGUCAGGAAAACAUGACGUUCCCAACCAGAGGAUGGACCUGCCGGUAGUGCUUUUUCUAUGGUCAGAACGUCAUGUUUUUGUAGCCAGAGGGAGUAUAUUGAAGUGAUGUAAGUUUCACUCUUCCAUGAGUUAUGACAUGAACUUCAACAACUUGUGGCAAAGAAUAACUGGUUCCUGUAGCUUCAAAUGCACAUCAUAGAUAAUCAUGAAAGCAGAAAAGAUUCCAAAAUUCCAGACAAAAAGAAAAUCAGCAGAUUCCACAUUCCUCCAUAAACAUGUGCCUUGUCUCUUACAUUUCUGUCCUGUCAAUUGGUAAGAAACAAAUGCUCUUUCCUUCCUAAUAUAUUGAUGCGCAGCUCUCAUGUGCAUUCGAGGAAAAAAAAGAUACAAAUGCACUUCUAUUUUUUCUUUACUUUUAGUGUUACAAGUUAUGCUCAAACAUUCUGUGUGACUCCUACGGCGAUGCCACUAUGUCUGCUUUCAUCAUGGUGGGUUAUGUCAUUGAACUCACCUUCUGCCCAUAUAGCAUAUGCCUCCUCGCCAUGUACAGCAUCAUCCCCGAUAAGUAGCUGUUCAUCAGAAAUUCGGAGGGGCAGGACUAGGCUAAUAAGGACACAAAUUAUGGAAGUGAUAAUGAUGUUCCAGGCAAUGAUGAAGAGUGCACCAGCAAUCUGCCUCCCAAACUGUGAUGCACCAUCACCACCAUAAAAUGCACCUCUCGAGUCUGGGAUGGAGAGGAAGAGGUUGCAGAGGACUGGUUCAGCAAAAAGUCCAGUGGUGGUGCCACCGAGUAACCCAGCGACUGCAUGGGUGUGGAAGACGCCAAGAGUGUCAUCAAUCUUCUGCAUAAAGGACCACUUCUUGUGCAGCACCAUCAUGGUGUACCAGGGAAUGCUACCUGAGAGAAUUCCCAUCACAAUAGCUGCCCACCCUUGCACCAGACCUGUUGAAUGAAUGAUCUAGUGAAUCUUUGUUACUUAACCAAUCAAAAUGGAUAAUGGAGACUGUUUGGUGCACAUGUUUGUUACUUGAGCCUGUUUAACUAUAUUGUUAACUUGUACUGAAAUUCUUGAUGUCUCCUUUGUCAGUUUUCCUAUUAUAUUAUAACCUUGUUUUUGUGCACUUCCAUGAAACUUCAUUCACACAUGCAUAAAUUUUUGAACCUGAAUUUUGUCUUGAAAAUUUAAAAUAUGGGCACUUAAAAAAAAGCAUCUUCUAAUAUAUCAAAACCAAUCAAGAAGGUUGCCAUCUAUUGAAGGAAAACCACUUUUGGAAUGACAUUCCAUGGUCAGAACUGUGUUUCUGUCUGUAGCCUUUCUGUUUUAGGCUUUUGGUUGGUAGUCUUGUACUGGUGGUUAGUCCUGUCUAUGUCUGGAAGCGUUUUUUUUUAUUUAGAUUAAGAAGGUGUUCCAGAGCGGUUCUCUUAUGUAACUCUUUCUUGCUGGUCAUUUGGUUGUUCGGUUUUGUAAGCUGGUACCUGGUAAGCCCCUUGGUUUGUUAUCCGAUGUCACAAGAUUCAUUUAUGCUUUCUAUAAAAGCCAGGAAUCAUUUAUCGAAAAUGAAAAAUGAACCAUGUUUCCGUCAGUCAGUCAGAUUUUUCUUUUGAGAUGCUUGAUAAGAAAGUGACACAAUUUUUCCAGGCCAAUGAAGAGGCAAAGUGAAGCUAGUCCUAAACUCCUAACUGGGACAAAAUAGGGGGUUUUUCUACUACCAGUCAGUAGUGUUAGGUGGCUUGAAUCUGAGUGCUUGAAACAAAUGAAGGGCCAUUGGUUUUGAAAAUCCAGGUCAACCAAUGCCCUUUGCUGGUAGCUUAGCAGCAAGAGUGUCACCUCAGAGAAGACAAGAUCACAAAUUAAAUACUUUCUCACCCAAUCAUAUCAUCACAAGUUUUCACAGGUUAGUGGAUCAAAGUUAUCUUAAGCCUGUUUAGGUGGCUUCUAUACUGUGCCCUGACUAUUUUGGUUUAGCUCAAUGCUGCAGGAUAUAUAAUCGCUCUAAGAGCCUGGAAUGCAGAAGAUGCAGAUGCUUGAUUCUUUGUUGACUUUGUCAGAUACUGACCUAUAGCUGAAGGUGUUUCAAUUGUUUUCCUUAGUUUACUUUCCAGGAUGUCAUUAUCAUGGCAAUGUAGUAAUAAAUGCAAGUUGCAAUGCUCUAAUUGGUCAGUUUUUGGUUGAACGAGUCCAGUUGCCAAUGGAGGGAGGGGAAGGUUACUCACCUGCACCAGGGGUGAUGCAUACAAGACCUGUGAUCAUACCCUGCACGGCACCAAUUACCGAUGGCUUUCCGAAGAAGAAGACAUCAAGUAGUGUCCACAUGAGCAGGCUGGUGGACGCACAGAUAUGUGUGUUGAGCACUGCCAUGGAUGAGUCGAUGUUGGCCGAGUAUGGGUCACCACCAUUGAAGCCUGUCCAUCCAAGCCACAGCAGCCCUGCCCCUGCUAGCACCAGCAAUAUGUUAUUUGGAGGGAAACGCUCCGUCUGAUGCUGACCUUGGCCCCACCUGUGUGCAAGGAGUUGUCAGAACCAUUGAAGCAGAAAUGCAAUGAUGAAUCCAAUCGGGGAUGUUUUGUGUACCCAAUAGGCAGCGGUAAGGCCGGCGAUGCCAGAAGAGAGAUGGAUGACAUAGCCGCCUGAGUAAUCUAUGACACCCCACUGGAAUAGGAAGCCGCCACCCCAGAGUGAGAAGGCACAGAUUGUGUAGGAGAAAGUGAUCCAAAGCGGCACAAAGGCCAUCCAGGCCUUGAUGUUCAUGCGCCCAAGCAGCGAUCCAGCAAGGAUGAUGAUGGUGAUAGUGGCAAACAUGCACUGGAAGUACACCAUGGUUGCAGCUGGGUACAAAGGAUGGAGCAUAGCCGCCUCAAGUGAGCCGUUGUGGUACCGCACGGUGGUUGCUGUGAGCUCAGACUGCGCCACCAGGAAGCUCUGCCCGAGUGCGGGCCUCGCCUUCCCCCAGAAAGGCAGGAGCUUGUCGCCAAACGACAUGUUAUAUGCCCAGAUGACCCAGCAGAUCCAUACGGCCGCAAAGGCGUACAGCGCCAUGAACGCCGAGUUGAUGGCCCACUUCUUCUUGACGAUGCUGCCAUAGAGGAUAACCAGCCCUGGCAUGCUCUGCAGGCCCACAAAAGUCGCAGAUGUCAUCUGCCAUGCAUUGUCGCCCUUGUUGAGCCAGUCUGGCGAUGAUGAAGAGUUGCGGUAUGCAAUUGGUAUCUCUCCUGCCAUGGUUCUCACUGAGAAAUUGGUAGGAGGGGCCAGAGCAGGAGGAAGGAGGGGGUGAAUUGAACUGGGCUUCGCUUACAAAGCUUCUGUGAGGUAGUUCUCCGCCUGUGAAGUGUACAACUGAAGUAUAUAUGUGCCUCCCUGACUACAGACAAGCAAGGUGAAGCUCACAGCCUCAAACCAGGAAAGAGGGGAAGGUAAGAUUCGUAUUAGCACUGACAAGUCUGUACUCGCUGAUGCUGAAGUACAAUAUUGCUGUCUCUGCUUCAUGCCCUGCUGUGAUCAUCUCACUACUUGAUUUUAUUUAUGUCAUGACCUGCUCUGAUAUGAUAAAUUCGAGGAAUCGUCACGCCGGUGAGUAGAUGUAAUAUGAAAGAGUUUGCUAGUCACGGCACA